AUGAGUGACUAUUCCUUGAAGCAUUCGGUCACUCAAUAUUUGGAAGAAAUUCCUCAGCAAGUGCAAAAUAGGCUUUAUACCUCACCAGCCACAUGUCUGGCUAUCUAUAGAAUUUUACCACCAUUAGCUAAAUUUUUUAUUAUGGCAAUGGUUUUUAACGAAAAUGAAGUACCUCUGUUAGAUUUGGAUAAAUGGGUUAAUUCUAAUGGUAAAUUGCAGUUUCAAGAUGCAAUAAAAUCGAUGAAGUCUUUGCAUCUUCUUAUACCAAACAAAUCUUCUGGUACUUUGAUGAUCAACCUGAACCCGACGUUCAAAAUUAGCCUGAGAAACGCAUUAACGGGUGGGGAAGUUCAAAAUUCGUUUGGUAUUGUUGUAGAGGAUAACGUAGUUAGCUUAGACUUGUUGGAUGAAUAUUCAGCAAAUAAAUGGGAAACAAUAUUACAUUUCAUGGUUGGCACUCCACUCGCUAAAAUCCCAUCUGAAAAGGUACUAAACCUUUUGAAACACAGUAAACUUAUGGAAGAGGUAAACUCCACUGGAGAGUUCAAAAUCACUAAUGAGGGUUUCCAAUUUCUUUUACAAGAAAUCAACUCCCAAUUAUGGACUUUAUUAUUACAAUACUUAAAAAUGAUUGAAACAUCUAAAAUGGAUUUGGUCGAUGUCCUGCAUUUUAUCUUCAUGUUAGGCGCACUAGAAGUUGGUAAGGCUUACAAAAUCGAUGCACUAAGCGAAACACAAAGGAUUAUGUUACAAGAUAUGAGAGACUAUGGUUUGGUAUUCCAGAAGCAUUCAAAUGAUAGCAUCUUUUAUCCAACAAAAUUAGCUUUAAUGCUAACCUCCGAUACCAAAACAAUCAGAUCUGCCUCCAAUGCGAUGGAUAGUGUACUGAGACAGAAUAGAGAAGAGCCGUCAGUAAAUGAAGAUGGUGCCAACGGUAAAUCUACAACAGAUAUCACUACAUCAGAUGAUUUGAACAAAGCUGGUCUAAAAAAUCAAGAUAUACCCGAUGGUUCGUUAAUUGUAGAAACAAAUUUUAAGAUUUAUUCAUAUUCUAAUUCACCUUUGCAAAUUGCGGUUUUGUCUCUUUUUGUCCAUUUAAAGGCAAGAUUUGUGAAUAUGGUAUUGGGCCAAAUAACAAGGGAAUCUAUAAGAAGAGCACUGACUAAUGGUAUCACUGCAGAUCAAAUCAUUGCCUAUUUGGAGACGCACGCACAUCCCCAAAUGAGAAGGUUGGCAGAAGAAAAGCUGGAAAAGAAAUUAGAGCUGGACCCCAACUGUAAGGAGCCUUUACAAGUUUUGCCUCCUACCGUCGUGGAUCAAAUCAGAUUAUGGCAAUUAGAGUUAGAUAGAGUCAUAACAUAUGAGGGUUCGCUUUAUUCUGAUUUUGAGACUAGUCAAGAAUACAAUUUACUGAGUCAAUAUGCUCAAGAUAUUGGCGUUCUGUUAUGGAAAGAUGACAAAAAGAAGAAAUUUUUCAUUUCGAAGGAAGGUAAUUCUCAAGUACUUGAUUUCGCUAAAAGAAAAUUGAAAAAGAAACAAUAA